AUGGAUUCUUCAAGAAACCAUUAUUAGUUUACCCCUAAUUUUAAGGCUGACGAUAUUUAUAAGUAGAAGCAUACUCUAGGAAGUCAUGGUAAAUUCCCAAGAGAGAGAAUUAUGAAAAAGACAUUUAAAGAAAUGAGUCAUAAUCAUUUAAGUCCACCAGAAAUAGGGAGCACUAUGGGGCAUGGUGCCGGACAAGGUUUCCACCCAGAUAAAUUAGUUACAGUUAAACAAUUUAUAUAAGAACUAAAUGAUAACUAAAACAAUUAAAGCAAUAAGAUUAAAACUGAAGUAAAAAAUAAACUUAAUUCAUGA